AAAUCGCAAAUUUGGAAGCCAAUAUGAGGGCACUGUUAAAUACAUCACACGAGACAAGUGUGUGUUCAUACUGAUUUCCGUAAUUUUGCAGAAAGUUUAAACUUACUAGUCAUCAAAAGUAGAUAUGUGUAUUCGUGUAAUAUGAUUCAUUUAUGAAUUAUCUACUCCUGACAGCUUUCUGAAUUCACCAAGAAAAACCAAGUGUUUUCUUUUUUCAGGUUUCGAAAUUGCCAUUUUUGAGUUGAAUAUGUUUAUAAAAUGUUGGAGAUAAAAUUGGUGAUUAUAAUUUAUAAGGGAAAAACUUUAUUCCAAAGAUUCUACUGUAAGUUAUUUGUUUAGAUCAUUUCAUUGCUUAUUGUCGCAGAAAUGACAACUAUAAUUACCAUUAUAUAAAUUUACCAGUUUCUAUUUUAGAAGGCAAAUCUGUUAGAGUCAUGGCGGAAGGUGACCAAUCAGCCUUGCAGCUGUACUUAUUGGAGCUGUUGGUAGAAAAACUCAAAGUUUCUAGCCGAAAAAGUUAUUGUUCCUGUUCGAAUGAUGACGAACUAAGUGUGCGCUUCCAGCUGUCCAAUCUUCCAUACCUAGAGAUUCCAUAUUCUAGUUUCAUAAAGCGGAAGUGUUUGCCAAAAUGUAUACAUGGGAAAUACUUAAUAUUCGAAGGAAACCCAAAGCAGAUGGAGCACGCCGUGCGGUGUUUUCCUCUGGUGGCGUCGGUUCUUCGCCAUGACAGAGAGGUAGCCUCGUGCAACCUGCCACUGCCCCAGCAGAUGGUCGAUGCUGUGCAGGCAUCCGCCACACGGGGGGCAUCCCCUCACCCGACAUUCCUCUGUGGUGUCUUCCCUCUUGAGAGCCCUGAUGGACAGUCUUUAGGAACUGUACGAGUGAUGGUACGCCUAUGGUGCAUGGGCCAUCGCUGUGCAAGCGAUUACCAGACUCAUGACUCCACCAUCUGUCGUCUGGACAAGGAUCUCAUCUGCGCCUGUGGUCCGAACUGUUCCUGCAAAACUGGGGCGGCUCCUGGCGGUAAGGGGAGCUGGCGCUGCUAUGAAGAUGCGGGACAGAAGCUUGGCACCUCAUCCAAGGACGAGGGAGAUGUGGCACCUACCGCAUCACAUGGACGUGGACGUGAGGAGCGGCGCGGAAGGGCGACACGGCCACCGUCGUCACAGGGCGCCCAGGGCCCGGCGGACAAGGCGGGGGAGGCUGCCCCACCCCCCGCCCCCAAGAAGAAGAGGCCUGCUGGCGCCGACUACGGGAAGCGCAUCCGAGCGCUGCUGAAGCAGCUGGAGGCCGUGACACAGGCGGCGAUGCGCAAACCGCCGGCCAAGUUCAACUUCCGGCGCAGCGGCCGCUACGCGUACACGUGGGGCGAGGCCUACCCCGGCAUCCGCGUGGGGCACCACGGGUGCAGGCCGCGGCGACGCACCGUGCCCGGUCGCGUCGGCUGGCUCUGGAACACCGGCGUCUGCACCUACGGAUGUGGCUUCCGGCGGGGGUGGUGGCCCGGCGCCAUCGGGCGCUCGCUGAGGGACUGGGUGCGCGGCCAGGAGCGCGCGACGCCUCCGGCGCUGCUGCCGGUCACGGCGACGUCGGUGGUGGUCCCGCGCAGCAAGCGCUUCCCCAAGGGGCAGCAGCCGCCCGAGGCGGAGCAGGCGCCCGAGUGCAUCAGCGUACCCGCCGAGCCGCUGCCCGAGCCGCCGCCGCCGCCGCCCGUGCUGCACGUGCGCCGCCAGCCGCGCUCCAUGGGCGGCGACAUCCUCAUCCAAGUGCACCCGUCUUGCGUGGGCGAGGUCGACGCCGACGUGACGCCGCUCACGCUGCGCAUCCCGGGCAAGGCUAAGUCCGGAGCCGGCGAGUCCGUCGACGACGAGGAGGACAAUCCCGAGGACGCCCUGGACACCAGCAGCUCGGAGCUCGACUUGCAGCUCUUCCCUCCGUCUUCGUUCCCUCCUAUCAGCCGGAUCCAGAGGAUGCACACGGAGGUGCAGUACAGUGCGGCUGAUGUGGCGCCUCCCGAGCCUCCGGCCACACCCCCAAAGAAGAUGAAGGCUGGCAGUCCCGAGGAGAUGGCGGCAAUGAUGGCUAUGAUGGGUGGCCCUGGUGGGAUGCGGGGUCGCGGUUUCCCAGGCGCUUUUGGGGUCGGCCGCGGGGGAGUCGUUCCUGGCGGCUUCGCUGCCGGCCGUGGAGGCUUUGCUGCUGGCCGCGGAGGCUUCGCUGCCGGCCGCGGAGGCUUCGCUGCUGGCCCCGGUGGCUUUGCCGCAGGCCCCGGAGGUGUCGGGCGCGGCUUCGGACGAGGUGCUUUCGGUGCCGGGCGUGGUGUGUUCGCGCCUGGUGUGAGUGGUGCCGCCGCUGCCGGUGGCGGUGCCUACGAUCCCAGGCAGACACUCCGCAUGAGCGUGGCCCAGAAAAAACACAAGCACGACCACGUGUUUAUACCUGUGGAGCACGAUUGUGUCUCCUAUGAUCUGGAGAUGGAGAUGAGGGCUGCUAUGCGUGGCCCAUUUGGCCUCGGAAGGCGCUGGGGGCAAGGGCGCGGGCGCGGCGACGGCGACCGGCGCAAGAAGAAGCGGGCGCAGGGCGUGGCGCCGCCGCCCUACAUCCCGAAGCGCAUGUCGGACACGUGGGGCCGCUGCUGGUGCGUGCCGUGCGCGCCCUACGUCUGCGGCUACGACCCCUGCGGCUACUGCUGUUGGUGGCCGUGCUGCUACUGACCUCUCUGUCUCUGUCCCCGUCCGUCCCAAUAAAGCCGUCUACACUCGU